AUGGAUUCAUGUAAUGUCCCGUUAGAGGCUGGACAGUUGGACACUUUCGAGUGGCAUCCGGCCGAUCUGAUCCGGCCGCCUGCCGAUGGCCAGAAUCCCUACUUUGCGCUUAUUGUGCUCAACCAGCCCCUGCAAACUAACCGGAGUGUGAUCCGCCAACUAUGGAAUAACGCAUACAUCCGCAUCGCCGCCGAUGGCGGCGCGAACCGCCUGUAUGACGCAGCUGGGAAACAUGGCGAUGGCUGCUUUGACGACCUACAUUCCAUAAUUGGCGACCUGGACAGCCUGACAACAACAACACAGGCCUACUACGAAACCAGGAAUGCCGACAUCAUCCGCGACCCCGACCAGGAGUCAACCGACUUUGGCAAGUGUGUGGCCUACAUCAGACAGCAUCACCAGGCACUCCCUGCCCAACACCAAAAUGUAGAUGAGGCAAGAACACACGCGAGACCACCACCCGACAUCGUCGCCAUCGGCGGCCUCGGGGGGCGCGUCGACCAGGGCCUGAGCCAGCUGCAUCACCUGUAUCUCUUCCAGACAGACCCGCGCUACGCCGAUGGGCGGUUGUACCUCUUUAGCGGGGAGAGCCUGACCUUUCUGCUCAAGCCAGGGCGGCAUAUUAUUCGAGUGAGGAAUGAUGAAGGAGGAGAGGAGAAGGAGAAGGGGUGCGGUGGUGUAUUUGGCAAGCACGUGGGCAUCUUGCCUAUCGGCGGGACGAGCCGCAUCACGACCAAGGGGCUGGAGUGGGAUGUCACGGACUGGGAGACGAGGUUUGGCGGGCGGGUUAGCACGAGUAACCAUGUGCUGCCAGACACCAAGGUGGUGGAGGUGCGGACGACCGAGGAGGUGCUGUUUACAAUUGCGCUGACUGCGGGAGAGGGGCAGUGGUAGGUUAUUGAAUAUUUGUUGUGCAUGACAAGUCAGGGAAACGGAGCUGGAAAGGUGCAUGCAUAGACGGUGGAAUAGUUGGCAGGAAUGAAU